AUGGUCAAUCCCAGAAAGUUCCCAUAUGGCAUUCUCGCAUAUGGGCUUUUCAAUCCAUGUCUUGCUAGUGACAAUGCAACAACGGACAUAUUUGCAAGCUCAAUCCUUGUGAGAUAUGACAGCGGAGCACUCGACACGGAUAGCAACAACACUCUCGAUCUCGAUGACAAAACCAAGACUAAUAUCACCAUCACUUCGUGCAGCUUGGUUUAUAGCACGGAACUAAACGGGGAAACAUUCAAUGGUUACGUGUAUGAGGCGAAAGUAACCGGUCUAAAUUGUGAUGAUUCAUUGAGGAAGGAGACGGUGCUUGUCGCGGUUGAGAAAUGUGCCGACAGCUUGGCCAAAAAUGAUGCCCCUAUGGGCUGUUGCCCGUUCAAUCACGGGACCUGGAAUGGGCGUCUACGACUGAGUGCUGAGCCAAGUCUGUAUCCUGUACGUGAGGUUGAUUGCUGA